AUGCUCCCCGGAUUUCUAGACAAUAUAAUCCUGCUGUGCGAUUCUUACAAGGUGGGUGAUGUUAUCGUUCUAUAUGCGCCUCACAAGGUCAGUCAUUAUGCCCAGUAUCCACCAGGAACAGAAACGAUCUAUUCAUACUUUGAAAGUCGUGGAGGAAAGUUUCCACAUACCGUCUUUUUCGGAUUGCAGUAUGUCUUGAAACGAGCCCUCGUUGGCUCAGUUGUUUCACAUCAGAAGAUCGACGAGGCGAAAAAACUGUUUGCAGACCACUUCGGUAGGGAGAUUUUCAACGAAGCUGGAUGGAGGCAUAUUGCCGAUCAUCACAAAGGUUACCUGCCUCUGCGGAUCAAAGCGGUACCGGAGGGAUCAGUAAUCCCCACACGUAACGUUUUAUUCACGGUUGAAAAUACAGACCCCAAGUGCUACUGGUUGACAAAUUAUGUUGAGACCAUACUUGUGCAGGUAUGGUACCCAAUCGCUGUGGCUACAAAUUCAAGAACGAUGAAACAACUGUUGGCCAAGUACUUACUUGAGACCUCCGACAAUCUGGAUAGCUUGUUCUUCAAGUUGCAUGAUUUUGGAUUCCGUGGGGUUUCGUCCAUAGAAUCCGCAGCUCUUGGUGGAGCAGCACAUUUGGUCAACUUUCGGGGAACCGAUACUUUAGCAGGAUCCGCAGCUCUUGGUGGAGCAGCACAUUUGGUCAACUUUCGGGGAACCGAUACUUUAGCAGGAGUCAUGCUCGCUCGGAGUUUUUACCACUGUCCAAUGGCUGGGGUCAGUAUCCCGGCCACCGAACACAGUACAAUGACCGUAUGGGGUGAAGAAUGCGAAGUUGAUGCUUACAAACAUCUGUUGGAUAUUUACCCUACUGGGACGUUCGCCUGUGUCUCGGAUAGCUAUAACGUGUGGAACGCUUGUGAAUCUAUAUGGGGAGAAAAAUUACGGGUUCAAGUGAAAAAUCGAAAUGGGACAUUGGUUAUUAGGCCAGACUCUGGGGACCCCAUCAAAGUGGUCCCGAAAGUUUUGGACAUCCUUGGUGAGAAGUUCAAGUAUACGGUGAAUUCCAAAGGCUACAAGGUCCUUCCUCCUUUCUUACGUGUGAUUCAAGGUGAUGGGGUUUCGUUACAGGCCCUCGAACCCAUUUUGGAGAGCAUCAAAGCAGCCGGGUGGAGCCUGGAGAACGUCGCUUUCGGAAGUGGUGGAGCUCUGCUACAGCAACUCAACCGUGACACACAGAAAUGCGCCUUUAAGUGUAGUCAUGCUGUCGUAAACGGACAACCCGCUGAUGUAUUUAAACAUCCCAUCACGGAUCUGCAGAAGACGUCAAAGAAGGGUCGCCUCACACUGGAAUACUGUGAAGAACAAGGGGACUAUAUAACCAUCGAGGAAGGCUUAGGAUGCGCGACUAAAGAUAUUCUUGUACCCGUGUUUGAGAACGGCGUGUUGUUAAAGGACUAUUCGAUGGACGAAAUUCGACAUCGAGCAGAACUUCCUGAAGUACUCGCGAGAUUGUGUAACCAUGACCCUAUACCUGAUGGAGAAUUGUAGUUAUUUUUCGCUUACGCCAUAGUCUAGAUCCUGUACAGCUGAUUAACUCAAAGUACAUGAUUUCAGCUAUUCAUUUGGACCCGGUUCAUUUUACUACUUGUUAUAUAUUGAUCUCUGCUCAGUUUGGAUUGUCUUCAUCCUAGUGACUGUGUGACACCUCAGGGAUUGAACUCUCUUGCUCUGUUGCGCGUGGUCUUACCGCACUCAAACUGGCAGAUGUUGUGUUUCCGCAACCACCUACAUUCGGCGAAUGAAGCUACUGUCGGCGUUUUCACUUCAUCUUCAAAGUUCCUUUUUUAUUUCUUGUAUUUUAUUAAUCUCGUCCUGCUAUUAUGGUUGUGCUACGUGCGUUUUUGAGUCAAAGAUAAAGCCAG